AUAAGUAAUUUUUAAUUCUCUUAAAAUAAUAAUAUGUUACUCAAUAUAGUGAAAUUAAUUAUUAUUUUUAUUCAAACAAUCAACCAAUCGAUUUGUGUUGAUCUAAAUCACAUUACACAUGCGGACAUACAGACUCUUGAAAGGGAAUUUCCAAAUAUUAUGAAAAUCACACUUCAAAAUCAUCCAUAUUAUAUAAAAUCAAACAAUGGCGUAAUGGUUUGUCCAAUACCUUACAGUCAAGCAGUAGAUAAUGAAGAAGUUCCUUAUAAAGGUAUAUUAAUAGAAAAUGAAAUUUUGGAAAAUGUAGUUAAUGAAUGUGUAAAUAAUCACUUUUAUACUUUGGCUUAUAUAAUCAUUUUGAACGCUAUUGAAAGUAUGGGCUUUACAUAUAUGUAUCGAUUCUGCGAGUUUGCAAUAGAAAUGAAUAAAAAACGUGCUAAUAUAUUUGAUGAAUUAGAAGACUUUAGUGAACAUCUUGAGGAACUUAUACUGAUAUUUAAUAGAGAAUUGUUUUCACCUGAACCAUAUGAAUGUAUUUUAGAAGUUUACAAAAAACACAAACACAAUCAUAAGAAGUACAAGUUUAAAAAAGUAGACAGAAAAUACAGAAAGGAUUUACUAAGCUGCAUGAAAUUAAUGAAAGAUAAAGUACACUUUUUAGCAGAACCUCGUGUAGAAUCAAUAAAUACUAUGUCUAUAAACGAAUUAGAAGAGUAUUCUGACAAUAAUAAUAAAGUUCUUAGGAAUGGGUUGAGUUUAUGGUCACAAAUUUCUAAUUACAAAUAUGUAAUUGGAGAUAAAAAUCAAAGCUUUUGUGGCAGGUGUAACCGUUUGUGUAGUGGUAUGGUUGAUACAAUUUUUAUUUUUGUACCAUGCGGACAUGGCUGGUGCUGUGAUUUGUGUUAUAGCCUUGUGAAAAAGUGUCCAGUAUGUCAUCAAGAUAUUACAAGUACUCAACAACUAAAUAUACUAACACCUACAUCAAUAGUUGAAGGAAAUUAUUUAACCGUGCAGCCAAAAUGUGUCUUACAUCGACGAGAAGCACGUUGUAUAAGCUGCUUCAAAAAAAUACAAAAUAUGAAUCCUCCAAAUAAACACGUAAUGAGUCCAUGUGGUCAUGGUUGGUAUUGCAGUAAAUGCAUUGAUAAUGCCAAUUGUACAGAAUGUAACCUGAUAAUCAAAGAUAAAUUACGUGUAAAAUUGUUAAACAAUGAAUAAAUGUAAUUAUGUUAUUUCUUUUAAUAAUAUUAUUUUUAAUCA